AUGGAACAAAGAGAGGAAUUAGGUGAUUUGCAUCCUAAAGAAACUGAAACUCAGUUAUCUUCCAACGUAACUUACAGUACUAGAAAAUUAUGUGAAAUUAUCAAUGCUCAAAAUGAGAACAUAAGAGUGUUGACAAUUCCACCCCCAUCAAAGGCUGCACAGCAUUCAAUAUUUUUUAAUGAGGUUCAAAACUUACAAACCAUUUUAAAUCAUCGGAUGUCUCAAAAUGUUGCAAAAUCAUUUGAAGGACUUGUUUUGACCUCUACAACAGUAACAGUACCUGUUGAAUCAUUACGUGAAGUUGCAAUGGCAGUUCUGCUGGAAGCAAAGAAUGAAAUCGGGACUGGAGCUUCUGAUCCUACUAUACAGGGGGCAUUAUCAUAUGUUCGGCGCUGGGAGAAACU